UCAUGACGUGGUCGUACUUCUUCCGGGUUAUCUUCUCUCCGGCAUGGUAUUCGGGUCCAUAUCAUGUGUUUAUCUAAAGAUUGGAAAAUAAGAUGAGUUCUCAGAAGGGUAACGUAUCUCGGUCGCGAGGCCAGAAGCACCAAAACAGCACUGCCUACAAAAAUGACAAGUACGGAGCGACUGUACAAGUGAAGAAGGCAAACUCAAAGAUCCAUGAUGGCCUCUGUCAACAUUGUAAGGGUGUUCUUGAGUGGAAAGUAAAGUACAACAAAUACAAGGCACUGACACAGCCCAAAAAAUGUGUCAAGUGCUCUCAGAAGACAGUGAAGGAUGCAUACCACAUUGUUUGUAAGCCCUGUUCUCUUCAGCUUGAGAUCUGCUGCAAGUGUGGGAAGAAAGAGGACAUCAUUAUUCCAAUAAACAAAGGGGACAAUGAAGAGGAAGAGGAGGAUGUUAAACAGGUUAAGAAAGGACGUGGACGAGGGAAGAAGGACUUGGAUGACUUGGACAGUGACGAUGAUUAUGAUGACGAUGACUUAAGUGACCUCGAAGAUGAUGAUGAGGAUUUCCAAUGUGACUCAGAAACCAAGAAGGCGCAGAAAAAGUCUGAUGUGCUUCCAGAUGUAUCCAGAGUCAAAGUUAAAGACUAACGACAGUGAAACAACAGUGAGAGGGUUCUUUUGUACCAAGUGGACCUUUUUUUUUUUUUUUGAAAAAAAUAUGUAUAUAAAGCAAGUUCACAAAUCAAAGUACAGUGUAAGGUCUGAGAUGUGAUGAUACUCAGAUGAGCCGUAUAAUGUACUGCACAUUCACAAACCUAUUCACAAAUAAAACCAGCUGGAUAUACAGUCAGGUCCAUAAUUAUUUGGACAAUG